AUUUUCCUAGAUAUGCUUGACCCGACUUAUUGCAUGAUGUUAUUUUUGAUUUAAAAUCGGUUUUGUAUAGCUUCUGUGAUGAAAUUCUGUUUGAUGUAAUGAAAUUAUUAGUGUUUUAAUAUUUAUUAGAAAGUAUCGAUAAUGGCUCUAAACAAAGUGCGACUUUUGGAUGAGGAUCAGUUAUUAGGAUUAUUAAACCAAAAUGGUUACCAAGGUAUUGCAAACAUUAUCAGCAACAGAAAUAUCAAUGGACAAAGACUUUUAGAACUUUCUGAAUGUCAAACCGGAUUAUGGAGAUUAUCAGUCCCCCAAAAGAAAGGCCUCUUUAGUUUCAUAGCAGAAGUUAAAGAGAACCCUUUCAUAAUUUUAAAAAAACCAGUUACAAAAUUAAAUAAACCUGCAUUACCUUCACCCGUUAUACCAAAAUCACCAAGACUGCCCCCGAAAAAAACCUCAGAACAAAAUGAAUUUAAACUCAAACUUGGGAUGAUUUAUAGCACUAACUCUUCACCCAGUCCAACGCCGUCAAAUGUUCCCGACCAUUACUUGCCAAGAUCAACAAGGCCGGUACCAAUACCUCAAGAUACUGAAGAAGAUUCUUUAUCAAAUGUUGAAUAUGAAAAUGUAGUACAAUUAAAAGGAAGUGAGGAUUACGGAUAUCUUACUUCAAAUGAACUAGAAACUGAUGGUUAUAUUAAAUCUAAUGUGGCCAAAAUGAUAAAUAAAAGUAUUAAUAAAAAGAUUAAUGGUAUGUCAAUAAUAAAUACACAGCAUUCAAAUGAUGAACCAAAAACCAGUCGAAAUAAAUAUUCUUCUUCAACUGAAAAUUUAAUAAAAAUGCCCCCAAGUUCUCAAAGAAAAUUUCCACCACCUCCACCAAGUAAUAAUGAAACAGUCGGUCUUAAAAAAUCACCAGUUACAGGUAGACCACCAAUUCCUGUACCAAAAGAGCAAAAGGACAUCAGGCAGUCUGUAUCGUUAGAAGAUGUAAGACGCGAGUUUAGUGACAGUGAAUUUGACUCUGAUAAUAAUGAUGAUUUGCUGCCUCUAAAUAAAAAAGUGAAAAACAGAAAUAAUACAAAAAUGGUAGACGGAUAUUUGGAUUUGAAGGCAAUAAACGUGCCACAAACAUCUUCCGCUAAAUCGACACCUGAUUUCCCAUCUAUACAAAAAACUAAAUCAACACCAACAAUUAACGAUCUUCAAAAUAACGAGGAGCAAUUAAAACGACAGAACAGUUUAUUUGGUUCACUAUCUAGAUUAUUCUCAAAAAAAGGAAAAACUAGAACGAAUUUGCUCAACAACCAGGUGAAUUAUGAAAAUCAUAUGAUGGAAAAUGAAGUUCCAUCAGUUCGAAUCGACAAAAUAUAUUCUUUCAAAAACCGCCCUUUGCCGAAAGUUCCAAAAUCUGAAACCAUUACUGAAUUUGCUGACAAUAAGCAAGAACAAAUGAUGGAAAAAUCGUUAUACGAAAAUCUUAAAAACAGAAGUGUUGAAAAUAUUACUAAAGACGUUGUGGAUCAUAAAAAUACCUAUUCUUCUAAUACUCCUUCGAUCCCAAAUAAUAAGAAACUUAAUCUACAAGACGAGCUAGCACUAAAGCUUUCAAAAGCACUCAAAGUUAGAGAAGCCCAAUCCUCACAACAUAUUAAAAGAAAUUUUGCCAAGAUGAAGACGCCUUCUGGAAGUGAAGAUGAUGAUGGUAAUGAUGAUGAUGAUGAAGCAGAUAUUCAUAUUUAUGGGAAUAUUGAUAACCAUAGAAAUCCACAACAAACCAGUUUGCAGCCAUCUAGAAGUAUUUUAAGAAACAAUUCCAACAGUAACAUUGAAAACGAUGAAUUUAUUGCGACUCCACAAUCAUACUAUGAAAAUCUUAAGAAUUCCCAGUCGGUUCAUAAGCAAGCGAAACCAAUAGAAACGGAAAUGAAUGUUGGUACAACUGAAGAAGAGUCAGAAUAUGUUGGUUCACUUUUUAAUAUACAUAAUCAAAAAUUCUUUAGAAAUACGGACCGAGAAGGUGCGCGAAACCUUCUUAAUUAUUUGCCUGAUGGGGCGUUUCUAUUUAGACCGAGUCAAAAGUAUUUUCUCGUACUAACUUUGAAAUACAAAGGCAAAUGCUACAAUUUGGGCAUAGAGCGUACUGUGAACAAUAAAAUUCGACUACAUGCUGACACCAGGAGCAUUUCACCGGAAUUUGGAUCUUUACAAGAUUUUGCUGAUUACUUCACCAAAGAAGCAGUUACGUUUCGAGAUAAUUUCGAUAAUUUGGUUGAAAUAUUUUUGAAUCCUAAUGGGUAUUUAUAAUUUUACCAUCUCAUGUUCAUAAUUAAUAAUAAUUAUAAUUCAAAUGUAGAUAAUUGCG